UAUAUCAUUCCUUAGCAACUUGUUCCUCAUUCCCCGCAAAUCAAGCAUAGAAAGAGACUCUUGGAUCAUCCAAGUAUCCGAUUCUCAAACCCUAAAAAUAUAAUGUCCAUGAAAGGGAUCUCAUCAGCAGAGCCAGAUAAGCUCUCGAGGAGAAUAUCUUUGACCCACAAGCGCAAUUCCGAAGAGCUUGACGUGUUUGAGGCUGCCGUGUACUUCGGCUACAAUGAAGCUUCCUCCGGUGACCAUAGAAAUACACAAAAGUAUGGCUAUAAUGCAGCGAGAGAGGAGAAUCCUAGGCGAUGGGGAAUCUUAGGAGGAGGAGGAAGAAGAAUCAGCUUGGAUUUGCCUAUUAGAUGCUCAGAACAAGUGCACCAUCUUCAACAAGAUCAUCAUGAGAAGUACGAAGUUACAACAAUCAAGGAGAGACUUGGUAACGUGAGACACAAGCAACCGAGUUCCCCAGGAGGGAAAAUCGCCAGCUUCUUGAACUCCUUGUUCCAUCAAGCAAGUUCGAAGAAGAACAAAUCAAAGUCAAAGUCAAAGACAAAGCCAACGGAUCCAGAAGUGGAAGAGGAGAUCCCUGGAGGAGGAUGGAUGAGGAGGAGGAGAAGAAGCAGUAUCAGCCAUUUCUUGAGCUCAAGCAGAUCUAAUUCAACCACCACCACCACCACGGCAUCAUCAUCAUCAAAAUCUCUGAUGUCUUCUUCAAGCUCGGGUUUCAGAACUCCUCCUCCUUAUUUGAACACUCCCACCAAGAACUACAAGCAGUUCUUGAACCACACUUCUGCCACAAAACAAGUGGGAGAAGAGGAAAAGAAGACCAACAAAGAGUUCUCAUGGCUGGACGAGAAACUCAAGGUGAUGGAGAGCCUCUCGGAGAAUCAGAGGAUUUGGGCUGAUGAUGACGAUGAUGAUAGGAGAAUAAAGCGAGAUGGAGAUGAUGAUGGAAUGGAGAGUGAUUCAAGUUCUGAUCUCUUCGAGUUGCAAAACUACGAGUUGUCUCGUGGAGGCUUGCCAGUCUACGAGACUACCAAUGUAGCUAACAUCAACAACACUCAUAUAUAAUCAAAACUCUCUGAGUGUCAUAAACUCCAUCAGAUCUUGGUAAUAACACCCAUAAAACAAAUUGUUUUUUCCGAUUUGUUCUUGUCUGAUUGUUCGUCAGUUAUAUGUAAUUCUUUUGGGUUUCUUGGAUUUGUUUGUGGAAGCUUUAAUGAUUUUUUUUUUUUUUUGUAUGAGAUUUGAGGGUAGAUUUGAUAAAUACCUAGUUUUCUU